AUGUUCAAGGAGAACGUCAACUGGGCACAGACUCAGGAGCGUGAGUUCCGCGUCUUCGCCUCCUCGCCCGACGAGAAGCGUCUCAGGUUCAAGCCCAUGCCCCCGUCCCAGCGCGCUUUCCUGCACAGUCUAGCCGAGGACUUCGGCCUCGACUCGGAGAGCCAAGACCCGGAGCCCCAUCGACACGUCUGCGUCUUCAAGACUCCGCGGUUCGUCGCUGCUCCCACUAAGACACUUGCGCAGUGCGCCCGUAUCACCAAAGCUGCCGCCGCCGCUCUUAAGGCCGCGGCAGCUCCCCCAGUCGUUGCUCCCCCGAAGCAGCAGCAAUCCUACAACGCGCUGUUGCUCAAGGAGCCCCGAUUUGGACUCACUAUCCAAGAGCUGGAGCAGGCGCUGUCCUCUGAUAUCAAGAGUGUCGCCAGAUCCGGCCUCACAGCCGUCUCAUUUACCACGAACUUCCUCCCCUCGGAGGAGAUACUAAUCAAAGCCGUGCCUGCUUCUACAGCAGCGGCUAUCGCCAACGCCACCAUCGCCCCGACGCCGCAGGCCGUUGAGUCUGCUCUCAUGACGCUCAAAUCUGCUGUCUCCAAGACGGUUACCCGUCUCAAGCUGGCAACCGGGGGAGUGGUCCUUUGCCACGCUGACGACUCAUUGAACGUCGCUCGGCGAGAGGCGGAGAGCGGGGCAGGUGGUGCUGGUGGCUGGAAUGCGGUUGCUAGUCGGGGGACCUGGAAACGGCUUGGAGGUGGUUCCAAGACGUCGGCAUCCGAGGCGGAGAAGGCGGCAGCUCCGUUGACAAGGUCAUUUGUUACGCUGAGGAAAAUCAUGGAGAAGAAGCCCGUGGUGGAGGUGAAAAAGGACCCGGAAGUGGUGGAGGAUGAUUGGGAGGUUGCUGCGGAGAAGGAAGAGGAAAAAGAGAGAAAGCACAACAGUGAUACUUCGGCAUCUGGAUCCGAAGCCGGAGCAGGCACUCCAGAAGAAGGAAGCCACGACGGCGAGUCGGUUCAAGAGGAAAACCGAGUCUCGGACGCAGACCAGAGUGUCGAGAAUGCUGCUGCGCAUGAGGAAAAUGAACCCAAGCCGUCCUCGUCGUCGGAUAGGGGAAGCUCAAUUGGAGAACAGGCUGAGCCUGAGGGUGAGAAUGUAACCGCUCCGGAGAUUGACAAGGCGGCUGCUGCUGGUAUAGAUGUGUAG